AUGGAGAAGACGACUUUGCCGCGGACCACUGCUACGACACAGGUUCUGCGACUACAGAUCUUGAAGACUCCUCUCUCCGCCAGACCCGACAUCGUCGUACUGACGACCUUGCUAUCUCCCCCACUGCCCGAAGACAUCGAAGCCCAGAUAAUCAAUCUGGAAAUUCGGACAGACCGGGCCAGCUCGGAGGUCCGGUUCAGAGACAGCGACUCCAGCGAGCACGACUCCAGCGAGCACGACUCCAGUGAGCACGCCUCCACCGAGCACGACUCCACCAGAUACGACUCCGACGAACCCGCCCACGACUUGGAGAAGCGAGAGAAGGGCUACUCAGAAGGGAUAAGUCUCCAGAAUAACGCGAGACGUGGAACGAGUCUAGAAGGCGCAAUAGUCGACGAGCAGGAGUGCCUUGGUAGGAAACUUUACCUGCUGGAAGGCGAUGCGGACUACUGUUACCUGCAAGAGGAGGACGAGAGCGCUGAUGUUCCCCUCAUCGAGUUGGAGGGCGUCCACUUGAGUUGGGUUCCCCAUCGCAGGAGUUUCGUAGGCCUGGAAGCGCUGUCAUGGCUAUCGGGAAGUGAAGCCGGCGGUCUGCAAGGCCGUAUCAUGCUCAAAAGCAUUGAACAUCUGACCGGCGAUGUCGAUCUUGGGUGGAUUUCAAAGGUUGUUCCGAACGCUCAAGGUUGA